AUGGCCAACUUCCAGCGAGUCGCUAUCAGCGCCCUGCUGAUCCUCACCUUCGCCUUCAUCUUCUUCGCCCAGAAUGUGUCCGCCCAGAAGGGUCCCAAGAUCACCCACAAGGUCUACUUCGACAUUCAGCAUGGCGAUGAGGAUAUCGGUCGUAUAGUCAUGGGUCUCUAUGGCAAGACUGUGCCAAAGACCGCUGAGAACUUCCGUGCCUUGGCUACUGGCGAGAAGGGCUUCGGUUACGAGGGCUCUACUUUCCACCGUGUGAUCAAGCAGUUCAUGAUCCAGGGAGGUGACUUCACCAACCACGAUGGGACUGGCGGAAAGAGCAUAUACGGUGCCAAGUUCCCAGACGAGAACUUCAAGCUGAAGCACAGCAAGAAGGGCCUGCUCAGCAUGGCCAACUCUGGCAAGGAUACCAACGGCUCUCAGUUCUUCAUCACCACUGUCAUUACCUCGUGGCUAGACGGCCGCCACGUUGUCUUCGGCGAAGUGCUCGAAGGCUACGAGUUCAUAGAUAAGAUCGAGAACUUCCCGAAAGCAGCUGGCGAUAAACCAGCAAAGACGGUGAAGAUUGUGAAGAGUGGUGAGCUUGAGGUUCCAGACGAAGGUUUACCUGGGACCGCCGAGGCCGUGGGAGUGUUGAGCGAUGAGGAGACAAUGAGUGGUGCGGACAAGCAUGUGCCGGAAGCAAAGGAGAAUAUUGGCGAAACACACAAGUCAUCGUUGCAAGAUCAUGCUGGUGAAGUACUUGCUGAGGGUGGUGACGGGUCUGUGGAAGGCUUGUCGUGGCUCAUGAAAAUCUUCCUGGCAGGUGUAUUGCUUGCACUGUGCUACGCCUGGGUGCAGUACCAUGGGAAGCGCAGCAAGACUUUCGCUGGUCGCAAAGGGGCCUACGAGACGGGCGGCCUAGCAUAA